AUGUACAUCCUCGGGUGGUAUUAUACCAUAACCGACUUUUCGGAGCGCUUCGGUGCAGACAGGCCUCUAAUUGUGUUCGAGACAAGAAUUUUGAAUCCGUACUAUGAGAAGCUCAAAGGCGAGGCUGAUGUACCCAGCCCUCUAUUGAGAUCCGACUUUGUCAACAAGUAUUGCAUAGUCUAUCUCGCGAGCAACUCCAAUUCUGCGUCGAUGGAGGUUUCCCGUGUGAACCUGAUGAUAGACGGCCUUAGGGAUAUCUUAGGAGUGGAUGCCGGACCAGAAUGGAUCCGUCUGCCUGUGCGACUCUACAGUCGCUUGAACGACAUCCACUGUCAAGCCCGGCCGCGACCGACUAAGGUUCAGCGCGGCGAACGUCUAGACCUCUUCCCCGCACGCCUUACCCACCACUCUGUACCUCCCCUCAUGUCAUUGGUGGUGGACGGGCUGCUGCCACCAAUGUACAUCCUGGGUUGGUAUUACACCAUGAACGACUUCGCUGAGCGCUUCGGACGGGGCGACGCUCUGAAUGUAUUCGAGGCCCGCAUCUUGGGACCGUUCCAUGAGAAGUACGGAGACGAGAUCGUCAGUGAGCGCUUCAACUCCGGAGUUGACACGAGCAACUAUACUACCUCUGACCUCAUCAUCACCAAAGACGCUGUCUCUCGCGCCUCCAAGGCCCGCGACGACGCCCGCGGCGCGCACAAGGCUUUCCGGUCCGCCCUCUCCGAGGCGAAGACGAACGCGAUUACAGCGCGCGCGGCGCUCGAGACGGCGGAGCGCGCGUGCUGCCCGGUCGGGGCAGCGUGCGAGGCGGCAGACGCUGCUAAGGCAGGGGACGCUAGGAACGGGCACCCCUUACGUAAGCAUGUCACGUGA